UCACCGUAAAUCGUUUCUGGGUUCUUAAGAAAAAACAUGGCUUCAUCAACAUCUUAUAGAUUCCAAUCUGGGUUUUAUCCUCUUUCGUCAAGUCCUUCUCUUGGGAAUUUCGUCGAACGGAUUAAAGACGCUUGUCAUUUCCUCGUCUCUGCUGUUCUUGGCACCAUUAUCUCGGCGAUCUUGACCUUCUUCUUCGCACUAGUGGGCACAUUGCUAGGGGCACUUACAGGAGCUUUGAUAGGUCAAGAAACUGAGAGUGGUUUCAUUAGAGGAGCAGCAAUUGGAGCCAUUUCAGGAGCUGUUUUCUCUAUUGAGGUCUUUGAAUCAUCGCUUGAUCUCUGGAAAUCCGAUGAGUCGGGUUUCGGUUGUUUUCUCUACUUGAUUGAUGUCAUUGUUAGUCUUCUAAGCGGGAGACUUGUACGAGAGCGCAUUGGUCCUGCAAUGCUAAGUGCGGUGCAAAGUCAAAUGGGAGCUGUAGAUGAAGCCUUUGAUGAUCACACUAGCCUCUUUGAUACAGGAGGCUCAAAAGGAUUAACAGGAGAACUUGUUGAGAAAAUCCCAAAGAUGACAAUCACUGGCAACAAUAACACCGAUGCUUCUGAAAACAGAGACCCCUGUUCUGUUUGUCUUCAGGAUUUCCAACUCGGUGAAACAGUUAGAAGCUUGCCUCAUUGUCAUCACAUGUUUCACUUACCUUGCAUAGACAAUUGGCUCCUUAGACACGGUUCUUGCCCGAUGUGUAGACGUGACCUUUAAUCUCUCUCUCCAUCGUCCAUCUCUCAUAAUGCAGUUUAACCUCGCAGUUAAGAUAUUUCUACAACUCGUACAUCAAGAGUCGGCUCUGCUCUUCUUCCUCCUCGACUUUCAAGUAAAUUACAGUUCUUUUG